UUAUCCGAGAGACUCAGUUCAUCUUUCGACUCGAAACGAGGUGCGCGUAUGAGAUAAUCUGCGGUGAAAUUGCACAGUGAAUGGUAAAUGUAAAAAGUAGGAUCAGGAGAUAACGGAUAACCGACAAUCAUGGAACUGCCCAAGUGCUCUGUGACAAUUCUCCUCCUACUUUUGACGAGUGACGUCUUCGCCAGACCAGGUCUUCUCGGUGACUUGACUGGUAUCAACACGGGGCGUCUUUUGAAUCCUCUGGGUCUGUUCCAUAAGCCAGAAGAAGGGAACAGUGCGAAUUCCCGCAGCGAUGCCCUGAACACAAAUUUCAACCUUGGACCCAUCGGGUUUUCGACGAGUCUAUCGCACGCUGAAGCCUCUGCGAGUUCCAACGGCGGCGCGGGAUCCGCGUCUGCGAACGCGGAAGCAAAAGCAAACAGUUUCGGAGGAUACGGCGGAGCAAAUGCGAACGCUAAAGCGUCAGCAUCCGCGAAUGCCGGAGUCGGAGGCGAAGGAUCUGCUAGCGCCAGUGCUAACGCCAAGUCACAGGCUUCCUCGUCGGGGUACGGAUCAGGAAAUGGAUAUGGCGGCUCCGACAGCAACGCAAACGCGAAUGCAGACGCUAAUGCAAACGCUAAUGCAAACGCUAAUGCAAACGCAGAAGCAAAUGGUGGUCACUUCGGUGGCAACCAGCAAUUCGGUGGAUACGGAAACUACGAUUAUCCUCCGCAACAGCAGUCGCAACAACCGCAACAGCCAAUUGGUGGCUAUGGAAACUCCCAGGCAAAUGCGAACGCCAAGGCGGAGGCGAACGCGAAUGCCGGAAGUGGCGCGUACGGCAAUGGUCAAGGCUUGGCGAACGGUGGCAACUACCAGCCUCAACAGCCCGCAGGAUACGGUGGAAAUUCGAAUUCGAACGCAGGCGCUAACGCUUUUGGAUCAGCGAACGGAGGGGUUCAGCAUCCGCUCGCUCCAGGUACGGGACCAGUCGUAGGCGGCCUUUAUGAUCAGGGUCAAGUGUCGUAUGGUCAGGGCCAGGGAACCUACGAACAAAGUCAAUUCGAUCAAGCUCAUGGUCAUGGUCAGGGUCAGGGAACCUACGGACAAAGUCAAUUUGAUCAAGGUCACGGUCAUGGCCAUGGUCAUGGUCAGGAUCAAGUGUCGUAUGGUCAGGGCCAGGGAACCUACGAACAAAGUCAAUACGGUCAGGGUCACAGUCAUGGCCAGGGUGGAAAAGCCCAAGUGGUAGUGGUCCCAGUUGUUCUGGUUCAAAGCAAGCAUCCUCACCCUCACCCCCAUCCUCACCCUCAUUAUCACGGCAAACAUCCGAACCCCGACGUUAUUAUCGUCCAAGAAGUCGGCCCGAGCCAACCGCACGGUGGCGUUCAUGGUGGUUCAUACAAUAAUGAAGCAGGUUUCGAGUCCCAGGGACAAAGAGGUGACCAGUACAAGGUUAAUCCAUUUUUGAACGGCGCUGCCGCAGCCAUUGCAAACGCGAACGCGAACGCGAACGCGAACUUGAACGCAGGAGUACAAGGUCAGCAAGUAUUUAACGGAGGUUCAUUCGGCGAUAAGACAGGCCAAGGUUCUGUCGAAGGUCACGGCAAUAUCGCUGUGCCACAACAACCCAGCCAAAACUUCUUACCCGGUGGAGGAUCGUCCGCUAGUAGCGAAGCGAACGUGCAUCAGGCUGGGAAUAUUGAAGGAAGUGGGAACCCAUUCCUGGGACCAUCGAAUGGUGGCGGUUACAACGGAGGCUCUACUGGAGGUCCGAAACCCUUCUUGCAACCAGGAGUAAACUACGAUCAAAGCCAAGGACAAGGACAUGGACCAGCUCAAGGCUCCGCUGGAAGUGGAAACCCCUUCUUUAACCAGGGUACCUCAACUGCGAAUGCCAAUGCCAAUGCCAAUGCUGAUGCUCACGCCGAAGCUCAACAAGUUCCUGGAAUAUCUUCCACAGUCCUUGGAGGUUCCGGAGGAUCUUACGAACAACAGAGUGGCGGAAGUUACGGUGGUGCAGUUGGUGGUGGUGCUCAUCAAGUCUCUGGCAUUGGCUCCACAGUUCUUGGAGGAUCCGGAGGAUCUUACGAACAACAGAGUGGCGGAAGUUACGGUGGUGCUGUUGGUGGAGGUGCUCAUCAAGUUCCUGGCAUUGGUUCCACAGUCCUUGGAGGAUCAGGAGGAUCUUUCGAACAACAGAGUGGCGGAAGUUACGGUGGCGCAGUUGGUGGAGGUGCUCAACAAAUUCCUGGCAUUGGCUCCACGGUCCUUGGAGGAUCCGAGGAAUCCCAUGGUCAACAAAUCGGAGGAAACCACGGGGGCAGCAGUGUGAGUGGUGGUCAAGCCAAUUCGUUAGCGAACGCAGAGGCGAACGCAAAUGCAGCCAGCAGUUCCGGUGGCUUCGGAACCGGGGGAUCUGGAUCGUCAGCAACCUCUUCAGCAGUGUCUUCGGCGAACGGUGGAGGUACUGCGAACGCAAUUUCAGAGGCGAAGUCAUCCUCGUCCGGCUCCAGCGCUUCGGCUACGAGUUCAAGCAAGGCGUCAUCUUUGGUAAACGGUGGAGCCGGGUCUUCGGGGAGUUCCGAAGCGAUUUCGAACGCUAUUUCAUCGGUGUUUGGCUCCACGUCGCAGGCCUCCAGUUCAAGCAAGGCGUCCUCGCAGUCAGAUGUCUUCGGCGGAAACGCCAGCGCCACGGCGUCGGCAACAGCUUCGGCAAACGCAUCGACAGGUGGAGCUGGAGCGAGCGCCAAGGCCAGUGCCGAUGCUCAAGCUUCCAGCGGGGCUCCGGGAAUCGAGUCGAAAAGCUCAGCUUUGGCCUCAGCCUCGGCCAAUACCCGCGACAUGCUCAUUUUCAGCGACUAAUUAUAUGUGAUAUAUUUGUUAUGUGGUUGAAUCGUGUGUAAUUGAUUAUAAGCCAGCUAAUUAGCCGGUUCCCUAAUCGUUGCUUGUAUUGCCGACGUGGAUAUCAACAACUUUACACGGGUACAGAAAUUGUACAAGGCUAUAAAAAAUUGCGUCGAUUUGCAAAAUGUGACCCGGAAUUCGUGUUGCCCGAUUUCAUGAAAUAUUGCGCUAUUGAGAGCGUGAAAAAACAGUGAAUGAAACGAUUCAUCAAACCUGAAGCUUAUUACGUGCUAUUAUCGAUAGUGUAAUAAGUAACCGAUUGCAUACAACCAGUUCUCGGCCACGUAUUUGCUAAUUUACGCUGCAUGACCGACUGCUUAUUUAUUCGACGCUCUAUGAUUGCCAUUCUAUUUUUUAAUUUAUAUAAAAAAUAAAAAUGCAUUUCAUUGA